AUGGCAGGCACCGAGGCGCACAAGGUCCUCAGGCAGGAGCUCAAGGAGUGGGAACGCGCGUUUGCGGACGCGAAUGGCGGCAGGAAGCCGACGCGGGAGGAGAUCAAGAGGGACAAAGUGAUUGCUGCGAAAUACACCGAAUACUACAAGAUCCAGCCCUCCUCCAAAGCGCCAAAAUCAAAGUCCUCACAAUCCGCCGACCCCCCAAAACCCUCAAGGUUCACCACCACCACGCCCACCGCAAUCCCCUACGACCCCACGAACCCCUUCGCCGCCGGCCCCGGCCCCUCCCCCAGCAGCAGCAGCGUAAAGUCCACAACCACAACAAUCCCCUCCCGCCCCACAACCUCCACCUCCGUCUCCACCUCCAUCUUCCGCACCCCCUCAAAGCCCUCCCAGCUCCACAAAGACCUCUACGACUCCCCGCUCUCCACCCGCGGCCGCCGCCUCUUCGGAAACCGCAUCCGCGACUCCGUCGGCCCAACCCCGCAGAAGACCGGAAAGGUCCUCGGCAUCUUCGAGUCCUUUGGCGCCGCCGCCGACGCCGACGACACCGCCGCCACCCCCUCGCACAAGCGCACGCUGCGGCCCUCGCCCAGAAAGGCGGGCGCUAACGCCGCUUCGCCGGCCCUCUCGACGCCGCGAAAGCGCAAAGCGGGGGAGAUGGGUACCCCGAAGACGCCGGGGACGAAGAAGACGCCCGGCACGCAGCGCGAUGUGUUUUCGACGCCGGCGUUCCUGCGCCGCUCGUUCAUUGGGUCGUUGGAAGAGAGCCCGGCGGUGGUGGGGCCAAGGAGGCGGCCGCUGGUCAAGGGGCUGAGUGAGAUGGUGAAGGAGCUGAAGAGGCUGGAGGAUGAUGCGCAUCGUGACGAUGAGGAGGCGAUGCGCGAGAUGGAGCGCGAGAUGGAGGGCGCGGGGGCGGAGGCGCCGGUCAAGAAGAGGGUGCUGGAGGUGGAGGUGCCCGUGGAGGUGGAGGUGGAGGAGAAUGAUCCGGAGACGGGGCUGCCGCCGUUGCCGGAGGGGGCGUGGAGGGAGGAGCAGCGGGUGGAGGAGGAGGAGAGCGGGGAUGAGAAGGAGGAUAGGACACGGAAGUGGAAGAAGAAGGGGCUGAAGAGGCAGCAUAGGCGCGUUAUCAUGCGCCCCGUCGCCAAAACUACAGCAUCGCUAGUAGACGACGACGCCCCGCCGCCCCCCAACCCUGAAGACGCGGAGCUCCCGGGCGCAGGGUAUUCAGACGAGGACCUGUCGGACCUGGAUAACCUGCCCGACGAGCCGGUGAAGAAGGCGGUCGCUGUGCCCGUCGUCGAGAGGAAGGCGAGGAAGAUCUCGGAGAAGGCGCAUGCGAAUUAUAGGAGGGUGAAUAUUAGGGGGAGCAAGGGCGCCAAGGCGGCGAAUGGAAGGACGGGGAGGUUUAAGGGGAAGAAGCGGUAG